CAGGGGUGAAAGUCCUAUGCAGCUGAAGCUUCAUGGUGACUUUCCAUUCAUCCUUGGAAGAUUUUUCCUCUUGUAGUUGGGAGUUGUCGUAGAGGCUCAGGAGCUGAGCCGUAGUUUUAGCUAUGGCGUCCCUACAAGCAGAUGCCUCUGACGAGAUGACAUCGCCUAGUGGAAUGCGUUUUCGUGUGGAGGAGGUAGUGGAAUCGCCACCAAAGGCUGGCAGUAUCACGUCAGUGGGAUCAAAUCCCAGCUUGGAUGGGGCACCAAUGGCGAGUCUACAGUCCGAGACUCACAAUAGAACGGUCGGUACGAUUGGCUACUCCACGUCGGAGGCUGUGCCAAUGACCAUGUUCUACAGGAACCAGGACUCGAAUGCGCCCAAGAAAACCAGACCAACACUUGCUGAACUGCAUAACGACACUCAGGACGACGAGGUUGACGCCACCACGUGUUUGUUGGGUGAUGGUAUCCCGAACAUUUCACAAGUCAACUCGGAUACGGCUAUCGACGCUGAAGCUACUGGUGGAGCAGCGGCACCACCGAUGGUCGUCAAGUUCGGCUGGAUAAAGGGUGUAUUGCUGUCCUAUGCCUUGAUUAACUUCUCCUGCUUCAAUGCCUCUUUUGCCAACUCACCCGGUUGGCGUCCGGCAUUCAAGUACUACAACAGCUGGAUGGCAUUGCUUGGUGCUGUGCUGUGUGUUGCUGUGAUGUUUAUGAUCAACUGGUGGACCGCUCUCAUCACCAUCGUCAUCGUCUCUUUCCUUUACAAAUACAUUGACUACAAGAAACCAAAGGUGAACUGGGGCUCAUCUGGCCAAGCGUUGACCUACAGCAAUGCCCUGAGGUUCUGUGCUAAGCUAGACUCCACUGAUGACCAUGUCAAGAACUACAGACCACAGGUACUGGUAUUGUCCGGUCUACCCAGUGAUCGGCCAGAUCUCACCUGGAUAGCACACAGUAUGACCAAGGAUGUUGCCAUGAUGACAUGUGGAAACAUUAUUCAGGAUCCUGAUGUGCAUUAUCAGAACAGACAGGUCCAGCGUGAAAGAAACAAUAAAUGGCUUUCGACGAACAAGAUCAAGGCUUUCCAGAGUGUAGUGGUCUACCCUGACUUCAGACAAGGAGCUCUAUCUCUCUUACAGUCAUCUGGUCUUGGCAAGCUACGUCCGAACAUUCUCUUCCUUGGCUACAAAUCAGACUGGCUUGGCAUGUUGGACACCAAGGAGCUGCAAGACUAUGUCAACGUCAUACACGACGCAUUUGAUCUUUCCUACGCUGUGGCCAUCAUGCGCCUGCCUGGCCUGGGUUUCUAUCGCCAGCGCAAAGAGGGCGAUACAGCAGCGGAAGAAGCCGUGGACUCCGUUGGCAAGCGUUUGGCAAUGGCGACCGAAGCAUCUAGCUUAGAGAACAUUCCGCGGGCAGCCAACUACCAGCGCGACACGGAUGAGGUCAGGUUCACCGAGCCCACCGCGUCGUCUGGCAACGUCAGCUCGGGCGAGGUAAUCUCGACGUCGCGUACGUCCUCCGCUAACCGCACUAAUAUUGUUGCUGCCGGUGCCACUGCAGCAACAGGUCAGCAACAACAACAACAGCAGCAGCAGCACGAAGCUAGGCAAUCACGUCGCCUGCAAGCCCGUCACAACACCGUCGACACCCAGUCGAUGUUCUGCCGUGGCAAGAAGAUGACGGGCACGAUCGAUGUCUGGUGGUUACAUGACGAUGGCGGAUUGACGAUAUUGCUGCCGCAUCUCAUGACGCUCAGCAGUCAGUGGCAUUCAUGCAAGUUACGUGUCUUCACCAGCGGAUCCAGUCAGAAGAUUACGUCAGAAAGGCUUCGUAUGACCACGUUGCUGAAUAAGUUCCGUAUUGAGUUCAGCAGUGUGGAGAUUAUCACCGAUAUGAACAAGUCCCCCAGCGCUGACAGCAUGGAGCGAGCUGACCACUUGCCUGGCUGGAGUGAGGUGCAGCCCAAUGACCACAGCAAACAAAAGAUGAUGAGGCAGAUUCGUAUUGGUGAGCUGAUUCGCCAGAACUCACGGGGCACCGCUCUUGUUGUUGUGACCCUACCGGUAGCACGCAAGAGAGAAGUGUCCAACACCAUGUACAUGUCGUGGCUGGAAGCUCUGACUAUGAAUCAGUCAGUGCCCAUUCUACUUGUGCGUGGCAACCAGUCCAACGUCAUCACUUUCUACUCUUAGCUCCCACUCUGCUCCCAUUGAAAUGAUGUCACCUCGCUGGCCUAGCUACGUCAUCGACGAUGUCAUAGGUUUGGAGUAUUGUUCGCUAGUACUGUUUUCUCUGGUGCCAUGGUGGCGUUCCUGUAUCCAUGGCAAUGAUGGCUGUCAGUCCCCAUGAGUGAUUACAGCUAAUGGCAAGCUGGCAUGUCGCUGUUAUCCAGCAUAUUGAUAGUACAAUGUACGUUUAUGUGUACAUGUGCGUGGUAAAGGCUGGUGGUAAGCUGUGUGCAUUUCUCGCUGCCGCCAACCCAGCCCCGGUCCCAGGCGUGUGUCCGGAAGCCGGUGAUGGAGGACGAAGCCCGAUUCUAGCUUUUUGCAAGGCACGAACAUUCGUAUGUGUGGGUGUAGGUGUGGGUGUGUGCAUGUAUGUGUGGGUUUGUGGAUGUGUUGUUUGUGUGUGUGUACGUGUACGUGUGGAUUUGUAUGUGUGUGUGUGUCCCGUAUGCUUUUUCUGUACCAUGGCCCACUAGUACAUCCGCUUCAUUUCUUUCAAUUCAGCAUGUGUGUCUGUCGCACACUGCACAUGCAUCGGCACUUUCGCCAAGCGCAUGUAUUUUCUUCUCCCGUUGUUGUCCCUUGCCACUUGUGUGUUGCGUAAGGGUGUGCAUGACAGUAUGGUGCGUGUCCUAUGGCCUUGUUAGUUUGUCCUAUGGCGUUGUUGGUUUGUCCUAUGGCGUUGUUGGUUUGUCCAAGGCCGCAGACCGCAGCUUGUGCUGUGUCUCUUUUACCCUUAGUCGCACUAGCUCCCCACAUGCACGCACACCACCCUUGCACGCCCUGGGCCACCAUACAGUCCAUAUUUUUUUCUCUUCUUCUUGAACCUAGGUACGAUUUGUCAUCAACCGCUCUCCUCCGCUCUCCUUCCCAGAAACAGUGCAUGUAAAGGGCCAGCCACACGACAAGUGGCAGCCUGACUAAGUUACAUGUACGCGUUUCGUCGUAUACAAUGAACGCUAUCAAUUUCUCCCCGAAAGCUUUCGCUCCUCUAACAUCUCAACCUAACGAAAUUAUGCCUCCAAAACGCUUUUCUGACGAAUCCAAAUAGGAAUUUGAUUUUAUUCUGACGUCUCUCACAAGUAUGGCUUCCUUUUCUUGCUUUUGUAUGCGAUAUGCAUUUCAUCUUGCUAUGCAUUGCAGCGUUUAUCGAAAAUUUAAUGUAA